AUGGCUAUCCACAACAAAGUCAUUAGUGUCAUUGGUGCCACUGGCAAGUGCUUCACAGAGUUCACUCCCCUGAUGUAUGAUUCGGGAGGCUCAGUGGUUCGGUCCCUGAUCCAGAAUCCCCAGUUUGAGGUCAGAUGUAUUACUCGCAACAAGUCAUCUCCACAGGCAAAGGAGCUGGCACUGUUAGGGGCAUCCGUCGUGCAGGCCGAUACUACGAACACCGCAGUAUUGGAGCAGGCCUUGAGUGGGAGUUGGGGUCUGUUUAUGAACGUUUUGACAGAGGUAGCUCAGCUCGCUCGUCUGCCCAUCGGGGAGACGACUCUUGAUGUCGGAACUCAACAAGGAAUCGGUAUGCUCGCAAGUGCAGCCGCAGCUGGCGUUAAACAUGUCGUCUACAGCUCUGCGCCUCAUUCGGAACGCCUGACAAGUGGAACAUGUCUUGCAAAACACCUCGACGUCAAGGCGCGAAUCGAGUGUUGGGGCCGUGCAAAUCCAUCCUUUGAAACUUUUACUCCGGUCAUGAUUUCGUGGUAUAUGGAUAACUUUUGCAAUCCCGACUUUGGCAUGUUCUUUGGCGGGUUCCCCUUCAAGAAGGAUGAGGACGGUGUUCUAACAUGUCGGAUGCCACUGUCCGGUGGAGAUGAAACUCUCCCAUGGCUGCAUGUCGAGAACGACUUUGGAGAUAUUGUGCACGGCAUCUUUCUCAACCCACAGCGAUGGAACCAGCGUGUCAUCCAGUGCACUGGAGAUCUCUUGUCAUGGGAAGGUAUUGUCAGUGCAUUUACCAAAGGCACCGGUCAAAAGGCCCGAUUCCAGCCUUACAUGCUCGUUUCUGAUAUGCCAACCCACGGCUGGGAGGGGAUCCGAGAGCUGUUUGUAUACUCCCAACUUCGUGACGGCGAGUACUUUGGAAACGCACCGAAUGAAGUGAGCACGGCACAGUACCUGAAAACCGCCGCAUUCAAGGCCAAAGGGGGAAAGGGCCGGGAGAGUCUGACCACUGUCAAGGAAUUUUUCGAACAAAAAGAGGUCCUGCGUGUAGUACUGGAGAAUCAGUGGUAG